GCAGUUAGUGAGAAUGAGCCUCGGGUAGGCUGGGGAAGCCGUGGGAGGAGUAUGACGCAUGCGCAGACCUGGAAAACUCAGAUUUUUUUUUUUUUUUCCCCCCAUCCUCGGUUCUCUGUGGUUUAUAUUCUCGCUGAAUGCUUCCGGCUGGAGGCAGGUGCAGAAACAGGUCCUGCCACACCAAGCCAUGUCUUCCAUGAGCACCUGGGCUUUGCUCCGUCUCCCUGCACCACUGAUCAGGAUAUGCUCUGGGAAGUGGGGGCUCAGGCUUCAGGAAACGCCAGCACUGCUCUUCCCAGGAAUGGCUGCCGGUACAGUACAGGUAGCAGGCAGGAAGGACUAUCCUGCUCUGCUUCCCCUGAAUGAGAGUGAGCUCGAAGAACAGUUUGUGAAAGGACAUGGUCCAGGGGGCCAGGCCACCAACAAAACCAGCAACUGUGUAGUGCUCAAACAUGUGCCCUCCGGCAUUGUGGUCAAGUGCCACCAAACACGAUCUGUGGAUCAAAACAGAAAGAUAGCUCGGAAAGUCCUCCAGGAGAAAGUGGAUAUUUUCUACAACGGUGAAAACAGCCCUGUUCACAAAGAGAAGCUCGAGGCUGAGAGGAGAAAGCGAGAGAGGAAGAAAAGAGCAAAGGAGACUCUAGAAAAGAAGAAGUUGUUGAAAGAACUAUGGGAAGCAAGUCAAAACAACACUGAGAAAAAGGCCAAUGCUGAUGGCAUACCAAGAGACUUCCGGGAAUAAAGGUGGCAAUACCUGGCUCUAGCAUUGUAACAUCUAGAGAGCAUUCUGGAACUGGGCAUGGUGGUAUAUACCUGCAGUCUCAGCAUUUGGAAAAGCUAAGGCAGGAGGAUUGCUGCAACGUUCAGAACCUCACCUAUAUAGCUAGUUCUGUAGCUGCCUUUCCUACAUGGUGAGACUGCCUCAAAAUAGAUAAGUACGAGCUGCAGAGUUGAGCCUGCUGCUCUUGCAGAAGACUGAAGUGCAGUUCCCAGGACUUACAUAGGGUUGCUCACAACCUACUGCCUGUAACUGCAGCUCCAGGAGAUCCAGUGCCACCACAGGAUAACAUACACUCACAUAGACACAUAAAUAACGUUAAGAACCUUUUAAAAAUAAAUAUCACUCUGAUGGACUUAAGGAAGUUUUUAAUCUGCAUAUACACAUGCAUGGCAGAAAAGGGAAUCAGAUCCAAUUAUAGAUGGUGUGAGCCACCAUGUGGUUGCUGGGAAUUGAACUCAGGACCUCUGGAAGAACAGUCAGUGCUCUUACCCACUGAGCCAUCUCUCCAGCCCCUAGAUUUGUAUUUUUAAAUAACUUGUGGCGUGUAGGCAUGUGCACAUGAGUGCAGUUGCACACUGAGGCCUGGAGUCAGAUCCUCCUAGAGUUGGAGUUACAGAUGACGGUGUUGUUGUUCUGCCUGCUUGUAUGUGUGUGUAAGAUCUCCUGAAACUGGAGUUAAUAGAAUUGUGAGCUGCCAUGUGGGUGCUAGGAAUUGAACCCAGAUCCUUUGGAAAAGCAGCCUGUGCUCUUAAUCACUGAGUCAUUGCUCUAGUCCCCGGCCAUCACUUUUUUUAACCAUCAGGCACUUGUCAAGCCUGACUCAGUUGCCCUCUGAUGCCUACAUGCACUGUGCUGCAUGCACAUAUGAAUACACACAAAGAUAAAUGUAAAGAAUGAUACUGUGUGGCACCCAAAAAGCCAUUACAGUAAGAGUACAGUAGCCAGUUUGUGGGUUGCCAUUGUUCUAUGGGCAGCUGACAGCAGAGUUCCUUGAUUUUAGUGGUUAUAAAAGUAUCCCCUUUUAUGCUUCUUUGGUUUUGAGACAGAAUCUCAUGUGUCUAAGUUGGCCUUGAACUCACUAUGGAGUCAAGGAUAAUCUUGAAUUCCUGAUCUUCCUGCUUCCCUCCCAUAUUCUAGGAUUAUACAGCUUUAUGUAACAUGUCUGGGGUUUUUUGUUUGUGUUUUUUUAAAGACAGUCUGCUAUAACCCAGACUGGCUUCCAAUUUGUAGGGAAUCCUCCUGCCUGAUCAUCCCAAAUGUGAGGACUGCGUGCACCUCUAACUUAGUAGUAGUACAAUGUUAUUCUAAAAAGGUAGCAAAUAGGGCUGACAGCGUGAUUCAGUGGCCAGAGGCCCUUCUCAUGAGCCUGACCUGAGCUCUGAUCCUCAAAAUCCACAGAAGGGUAAAGGUCAGAACUGACUCUGCAGAGUUGUCCACUGACAUCACUGUGGCCAUAUGGGCCCACACUCAUCAAACACAAAAAUAAGUGAACAAAUAAAAGGUUAAGAUCAAAACAAUAUUAAAUAAGCCCCUCUUCAUGGCAAGUUGAGUCAAACAAUAACAGUUAGUGAUUAUCGUUCAACUCCAGGGCCACUGCUGUGCUGUCUAAAGGAUCAUUUAUCCUUAGUUUCUGGGAAAGGAAAAAUGGCAGUGGGAUGUUACUACGUUACCUGCUGUGCUUACUAGUUUUAACAAAGUCACACAGACAACCUAGAAUCACCAGCGAACAGUCUUAAGGAGAAUUUAUCUAGGUUGCCUUGUAGGUAUGCUAUGGGAAUUGUCUUGUUAACUAAAGUAGGAAGACCAGCCCACUGUGUGCAGCGUCAUUCCUUAAGCAGAAAUCUUAACCAGUAUGAGAACACUAGCUAAGAACAAGCAACAAUGCUUUUAUAGUCUCUGCUUUUGACUGUGGAUGUGAUAAUGACUAGCUUCUUGAGUUCCUACCUUGACUUCCCCAAAACGAUGAAUUGUAACUCAAAAUUGUACGCUAAAUAAACGUUCUUCCCCGA